AUGUCCGAGCAAAACAAAGACCUUCGUACUUCGUACUGGAGGACGAACAUCCGCUACCUCGCGAUCCUCCUCUCCAUCUGGUUCAUCGUCAGCUACGGCUGCGGGAUCCUCUUCGUCGAUCAGCUCAACCAGUACCGCAUCGGACAAGCGAAACUCGGAUUCUGGUUCGCGCAGCAAGGAUCGAUCUAUGUAUUCGUGAUCCUCAUCGCCGUCUAUGUCUUCCUCAUGAAUCGUCUCGACCGCAAGUUCGGAUUCCGGGAGGAGUAA